AUGUCAGCUACUGAGGCCGCUGAAAAACUGGAGAGACUAGCCAUGAAGGAACAGAAUAUAACUCCUUGGGACGUUGAGGGUGCAGUGGACGAGGAAGGUAAUGCCCAGGACAUCGAUUAUGAUAAACUCAUUAAGCAGUUUGGGACUAAGGCCAUUACUGACGAGACUUUGCAAAGAUUUGAACAAGUUACUGGCCAAAAACCCCACCAUUUUUUGCGUAAAGGUCUUUUUUUCAGUGAACGGGAUUUCAGUAGAAUCCUGGAUCUGUACGAACAAGGAAAACCCUUCUUUUUGUACACAGGAAGAGGACCGUCGUCGGACUCGAUGCAUUUGGGCCACAUGGUACCCUUCCUCUUUACCAAGUGGCUUCAAGAUGUUUUUGACGUGCCGCUAGUCAUUGAAUUGACCGAUGACGAAAAGUUUCUGUUCAAGCAGAAACUCACCAUCAAGGACGUCAAAGGUUUUGCCCGCCAGAACGCCAGUGAUAUCAUUUCUGUGGGUUUCAACCCAGAAAACACUUUUAUUUUCUCGGACCUACAGUAUAUGGGCGGUGGGUUUUACGAAACUGUGGUCAGAACCUCCAGACAGAUCACAGGCUCCACAGCAAAAGCCGUUUUUGGAUUCAACGACUCCGACUGUAUUGGUAAAUUCCACUUCGCCUCGAUUCAAAUUGCUUCUGCUUUUCCUUCUUCAUACCCUGAGGUGUUGGGUCUUCCAGACAAAACUCCAUGUCUAAUUCCAUGUGCCAUCGACCAGGAUCCAUAUUUCAGAGUUUGCAGAGAUGUCGCAGAAAAGCUUAAAUUCAGUAAGCCUGCUCUAUUGCAUGCCAAGUUUUUCCCUGCUUUGCAAGGUUCCACAACCAAAAUGAGUGCUUCAGAUGACACCACUGCAAUCUUCAUGACUGACACUCCCAAGCAGAUUCAAAAGAAAAUUAACAAGUACGCUUUUUCCGGAGGGCAAGUUUCCAUGGAGGACCAUAGAAGGCUAGGUGGUAAUCCAGAUGUUGAUGUAGCUUUCCAGUACUUGAGUUUCUUCAAAGACGAUGACGAAAUGUUGAAAAGCGUUCAAGAAAAGUACAGAUCUGGCGAACUUCUUUCUGGUGAAAUGAAGCAAUUGUGCAUUGAAGAACUGCAGCAUUUUGUUCGUGAGUUCCAAGAACGCAGAGCCAAGGUAACUGAAGAAGUUAUCGAUAAGUUCAUGCUGCCUCAUAAAUUGGUCUGGGGCCAAAAAGAGAGAUUGGUCCCCGUCAAACCCAGGGAGAAGAAGUAA